ACUGGUCACUGUCUAUAGUGUAUAUAGAUAUAAUAUAUAGUUAGAACUUUGAGGUGGUAACUAUAUAUAUCAAAUCAGAAAAUAGCCUUCCUAAUAAGCCAUAUGAGUAAGGUAACGAAAGCCCUUCUCUGUUAAAGGGAGUGUAGUCCAACAAAUUUGACGCGAUCUCGGAAAUAUUGAGAUAAUUUUUUCAUUUGGGCAAUAUAUAUCCCCACUCGCGUCAAACACUCGAAAGACCAAAAUAAUGGUCUUACAUAGACUAAGUGUGACCAUGCUGCAACAAACCACAGACACUAGCUUGCGUUCUUAGUGAAAUUACCCUUUCUGGCAAAACUCAUCUGGCAACAUCUCACGACUGAUGACUCUUGUGCUGUUAAUGACAACUAACAAUUAAUGAUACAACAAUGAUGUUCCUACCAUUCAAAUAGAAAAGUUAUGGCUUCACCAAACUUGUCAGAAAGAGCGCACACUCAGACAUGCAUUGAGCAUGGUCAAAGACUUAGAAAUGAAGGAAAACUUGGUGUGCCUGGAGGUCGGAGACUGUGGAGACAAAUGCUCAUUGGGUUUAUUUGUGCAGCAAGUCUAGGAGUGAUCAUGUUGAUAUUGGGAAGUGUAUUUAUUGGGAAUGCUGUCAAAGGUGACACAUCCAUUACAGUAAUGUUAUGUGUACUAGGAAUGGUGUGUGGGUUGAUAAUCCUUGUUGGGACAGGAAUCCUGGGAAAGAUGUUACUAUCACGAAAAAUGAGAACUGGUGAAGGUCAGCUGAAUCGACACCAUCAUCCUGAUGCUUGUCCUUAUGCUUGUUCAAUCAUUUAUACUCCCUCUCAAGAUCAGCUCAAUGGUCCUGUUUUCCAAGAUCCACCACCAGCUUACGAGAUGGUGAUAUUUUCACGGAAUCAACAGCGUUUAUCAGAUGAAAACAGUGUAGCUGGCAGUAUAGAAUUCAAUGAUGGCACAAGAUGUACCUCACAGCCAGUUUUAAUGUCUCCGCCAAAAUAUUCCAUUGCCGCUGCUCCGCUUCCACAAUAUGGAGAUCCUGUAUGAUAGAAAUAGUGCUUUUGCUGUGGAGAACUCGCUAUUGUGUUUGUAUCACACAUGUUUUGUAACAGUGAUUCUUGUUUUGAAAUUCGUGAUAGCAAAAGCAAUGUUAUUAUGUGUCAGUCAUAAACACUGCAUAUUUUGUUUUUACUUUUAUCGAGGCCAAAAUUCUUGCGUUAUGUUUUUGCUGCUCUUCAAAGAAGAGGUCAUUGUUUUAAUUAUUUUUAUGCUACCAUUGAAGAAGAGGGUGUUUGUUGCUUUACUGAAUACAAGAUGGAAGAAAAGGAGUAUUUAGUGUAAUAGAUGUAAUUUAUAUAAAACCGAGAUUUGAAUCAAAAGUUACUGCAUCCUCUUAAAACAGAAAUAUAUUGUGGUAUGAAUUGGGAAUUGGAAGAGGCAAAUAGAUAUAGAAUACAAAUGAUAAAUAUGUAUUUCAAAUGUGCAGCAAUAGUUGUUCAGCAAAUACUACGAGGACAACACUGCCUGUUUACCCUUCAUCCUGAAACAGUCGUUUUUAAAGGGACAUGCCUCCAGAUUUUUAGGACAGUCUCAAAUUUUCAAAAUGAGUUUCACUAGGUAAAUACUGCUUAGAACUCACUUCGGUUUUAGUUUUUAUUAUGCCCCAUUUCAAAGAAGAAAGAAUAUAUUAUUUUGCUCAUGGGUUGGUUUGUCUGUCAGUAGAGCAUUUGGUUUUCAGUCAAUAACUUGAGAAUGCUUUGGUCUACUGUGGUCAGACUUCAUUGGAUGAUUGCAUGCCUUUGAUCAGUAGGUUACUACUAUUGUUUCCAUUAGGUCAAAUGUCAAGGUUACAGUGACUUCCAGAUUGAAAAUAGUUUCAAAUCAAUAUCUGGAGCACUUUAUGGGCUUACAACUGACCAAAGUGCGUAGGAUAAUUGUCAUUGGUUAGGAGAUAACUUUUACUGAUUUUGAGUCAGUACCUCAAGGGUCAGGGUCACAGUGACCUUGAUAUUGAAAAUUGUUUCUGAUUAAUUACUGGAGAAUGCUUGGACAUUUGGCCACCAGACUUCAAAUCUUCUGUAGUCAGUAGAUGUCCCCUGUCAUAAGGUCAAGGUCACAGCAUAAUACAUUACCAGUUUCAACAGACAGGCCAUCAAGGGGGACAUACAUAAUUUACAAACAGCUCUAAUUUGAAAUUGCUAACAAAAGUAUUUCCUAAAUUUCAUUUUAUAAAAAGAUUUAAAAAUACAUCAAUCUGGAUGCAUGCCCCUUUAAUAAAUGAACUCCAAACCUUUGCCUUAAAUUUCAGUUUGAAACUGAAUAUUUAAAAAGAGGGGUUUUGUAUUAUUCUGAAUUUGCUUAUUGUUGUUUUAUGCCUUGAAUACCUCUACAUUGUCAGUCAAACUGUUGUUAAAUCACUCUGCUGUUACCUGAUCAGUCUGAAUCCAUGCAUUUAUUUAGCAACUCUCAAUUUUGCUGUUGAACUAUUUCACUGUAGUCUGAUUUCUUUGUUGAAUUACCUUCACUGUAGUCUGAUUUUUGUUGUUAAAUUAAUUUUGUUACUGUCAAUUUUAUGUGUAAGCUAUUCAUGUUCUCAGAAAUGGGUUGUAUAUUUCAAGCAAUUGAUAUAUAUUUAGAAAUUGCUGUAAACCUUUUAUAUUUCAUUGUCCCAUUAAAUACAUACAGUAAUUUGGGGUUUAUAAACUUUUUUACCAGUUAAAAAAGCUGUAAAGAUUACCAGUAGGCUUUCAUGUGAACUUUUGUAUGCUGUUAUAGAUUAAAAAGCUGCUAAAAAUUUAUUCUCUCAAAGAGAUGUCCACCAGAUAUGGAUCUUCAUCCUAGUGUAUUAUAUCAAAAUUCAGGAAAUCAUAUAGACUGUUAAUUACUUAACAUUAUAAAAUUAAUAUUAAUAAUGUUGAUGGAUGCUAUGAAAUUCAGCAAGAAUUUUGAUAUUUUGCAUGACCCCAUGAGCUGUUAAUUUAAAAUGAUCGAGUUUUUUUUUUGUUUUUUUUUUAUAAAAUACAAAACUUUACCGUAUUUAUCUGUAUAUAAGGUCUUUACCCCAGGGCUAGACUCAUUCACACAUAAAUACAAGUGGGAAUCAGCUACGGACAUGUGGAACUUGCUGCAGUGUAAUGUGAUUAUUGACCAAAAAGAUAUUAAUUCAAUGAAAAUGAAACUGCAGAAAAGUCUGAACUGCCCAGCAUACCGCUACCAGAAAGUAUUCUCUUCUCUUAAAUUUGAUCUGUUCUAAUUUGGUGUGCAUCAGGAGUAUAUUAGCAAGACAAAUGAAAGUUUAUCCUCCAGGACGGCUUGCUUUCAAAGAUUUUUGUUGAGCCCUGGGCCUGUAUUCACAAUUCGCAAUUUAAACCUUAAGUUUAGACUCAAGAAUGGCAAAUAUUCAAAUGAGCCAUGCCAUGAGAAAAUCAACAUAGUGGGUUUGCGACCAGCAUGGAUCCAGACCAGCCUGCGCAUCCGUGCAGUCUGGUCAGGAUCCAUGCUGUUCGCUAACGGUUUCUCUAAUUGCAGUAGGCUUUCAAAGCGAACAGCAUGGAUCCUGACCAGACUGCGCAGAUACGCAGGCUGGUCUGGAUCCAUGCUGGUCGCAAACCCAUUAUGUUGGUUUUCUCAUGGCACGGCUCAAAUAUGCUGUAACAUUUUUAAGAACAAAUAAAAAUGAAAUUUGGCUCAGAUGUUUGUUUUUAUAGAAUGCACUUUCAGGCAGUUUCUUUAAAAUAUGAGCCAAUGUAACAUGAUGACGGUGCAAAAAGAAAAUUUAGCAUUUUGAAGUCUGUGUGAAUUUCAGAUAUCAAACUUGAGUAAUCUUGGGCCCUAUAUCCCAUUAGUUUCUGUUCAAAGUGAUGAUGUGAAAUGAAUGUAUUGUACUUGUACAUUAUAACUUACAAAUAACAUACAUAAACAGAUUUUAAUACUUUAUCUUUGAAAUUUCUUUAUAUUUUAUGUUAUAUUUGGAUGCAUGCUGUGUUAUCUAAAUGUAACUUAAUGCAUCUAUUAUAUUUAGAAUUACAGCAAAUAAUCAUUCUGUUAUAACAGUGAUAUUGCUAUAUUGUAAUUACACUGUUACUUUGUAUCUUAUUAUGGAGUUUUUGUUAUAAAGAUAUAAAAAAUGUCUUUCCUAAAUGUUAGUUUUCUUUUUGUAUACAGAUUUCAUGUUUACACGUAAAUGAAUUUAAUGUUGUAUUUGUAAGCACUUCUUACUGUGGAUGUUUUAUACAUGUGAUAUUUAUUACAUAAUAUAUUCAUGUUGUGCUUUAUACUAUCGUAUUUUUACUGUGUGAUAUUAAAAGAUCAAUGAUUUUA